AUGGAGGAGCUGAAGCAGGAAGUCGUUAGGACCACAGACAUCAUGGCUUCCUCAGGAGACCACUCCCGGAGCCAGGCCCCAGCUGAGAUGUCUCUGCCUUCUGGGGGCCAGCUCCGUAUGCGCAGGUGUCAGGAGCAAGCCUUCCUCCAAUCCUGGCUCUGGCGAUGUCCUCUGCUACUUCUAAUGGAAGCCUGUCACAUCCCCAAACUCCUUGGGUCAGCUUGCAGACAAUUAAAGCCUAUUCCAAGGAGAGAGCCUGGAGCCAGAGAGAAUGACCCCGGGGACCCAGAGACCCCCAUCCCAGGUGAGUGCAGCCCAUCCACAGAGCUGACCAGCAUCAGCAAAGGUGGAAUCCAGCAGAGCCCAGGAAGCUUUAUCCUGUUAGACACAGGUUGUCCUGUGCCGUGCUGUAAGACAGGCCUUUACUGCUUGGCUGGUAGGCUGCUUCCCUGCUCCUGGGAUGAUUCAGAGGCAGUUUUAGGUCAGUUUGGAGAGGAAGUCUGGGAGAGCCGCGGUGGGUUGCUUCCUCACUCAGCCAUCUUGGCACAGGAAGUCCACCUGCCAAGGCCUUUUCAGGGCUGCUUCCCCUUUGGUCCACCCAAGGCUCACCUGGAUCCAAGAAGCUGUAUCAUGUACAGCGGCCACAUCCUAUCCUGUGGUGACAGGCAUGUGAUGGAGCGGCAGAUGGAGAUUCACUGGGAGGAGUUGGUGACAUUCAAGGAUGUGGCUGUGGAUUUCACCCCAGAGGAGUGGGGCCUCUUGGACCAUUCUCAGAAAGAGCUGCACAAGGAGGUUAUGCUGGAGAAUGCCCAGAACCUGCUUUCUGUGGGAUAUGCACAUCAUGAUUGUGGAAAGGCCUUUCAUUGGAACUCAGAUCUUAUGAGGAAUCAGAAGAUUCACAUUGAAAAACAGUUUUUUAAAUGUAAUGAGUGUGGAAAGACUUUCACAAAGAGCUACAGUCUUGUAACACAUCAGAGAAUCCACACUGGAGAAAAACCUUAUGAAUGUAAACAGUGUGGAAAGGCUUUCACACAGAGCUCUCAUCUUUCUGCACAUCAGAGAAUCCACACUGGAGAGAAACCUUAUGAAUGUAGUCAUUGUGGAAAGCAUUUUAGAGUUAGCUCAGAUCUUGCUAAGCAUGAGAGAAUCCACACUGGAGAGAAACCUUAUGAAUGUAAUCAGUGUGGAAAGGCUUUCACAAAGAGAUCCCAUCUUGCUGCACAUCAGAGAAUCCACACUGGAGAGAAACCUUAUGAAUGUAGUCAAUGUGGAAAGGCUUUCACAUACAGCUUCAAUCUUGCUACACAUCAGAGAAUCCACACUGGAGAGAAACCUUAUGAAUGUAAUCAGUGUGGAAAGGCUUUCACAGUGAGCUCCCAUCUUGUUGCACAUCAGAGAAUCCACACUGGAGAGAAACCUUAUGAAUGUAGUCAUUGUGGAAAGCAUUUUAGAGUUAGCUCAGAUCUUGCUAAGCAUGAGAGAAUCCACACUGGAGAGAAACCUUAUGAAUGUAAUCAGUGUGGAAAGGCUUUCACAAAGAGAUCCCAUCUUGCUGCACAUCAGAGAAUCCACACUGGAGAGAAACCUUAUGAAUGUAAUCAAUGUGGAAAGACUUUCACAUACAGCUUCUAUCUUGCUACACAUCAGAGAAUCCACACUGGAGAGAAACCUUAUGAAUGUAAUCAGUGUGGAAAGGCUUUCACAGUGAGCUCCAGUCUUGCUGCACAUCAGAGAAUCCACACUGGAGAGAAACCUUAUGAAUGUAGUCAUUGUGGAAAGCAUUUUAGAGUUAGCUCAGAUCUUGCUAAGCAUAAGAGAAUCCACACUGGAGAGAAACCUUAUGAAUGUAAUCAGUGUGGGAAGGCUUUCAGAGAGAGGUCCAGUCUUGCUAAUCAUGAGAAAAUUCACACUGGAGAAAAACCUUAUGAAUGUUAUCAGUGUGGAAAGGCUUUCACAGAGAGGUCCAAUCUUGCUAAGCAUAAGAAAAUCCACACUGGAGAGAAACCUUAUGGAUGUACUCAUUGUGGAAAGGGUUUUAGAUUGAGCUCCAGUCUUUCUUUACAUCAGAGGAUCCACACUGGAGAGAAACUUUAUGAAUGUAAUCAGUGUGGAAAGACUUUCACACAGAGAUCCCAUCUUGAUGCACAUCAAAGAAUUCACACUGGAGAGAAACCUUAUGAAUGUAAUCAGUGUGGAAAGGCUUUCACAUACAGCUUCAAUCUUGCUACACAUCAGAGAAUACACACUGGAGAGAAACCUUUUGAAUGUAAUCAGUGUGGAAAGGCUUUCACAGUAAGCUCCAGUCUUACCGCACAUCAGAGAGUUCACACUGGAGAAAAACCUUAUGAAUGUAGUCACUGUGGAAAGGGUUUUAGAUUGAGCUCCAGUCUUACUUUACAUCAGAGAAUCCACACUGGAGAGAAACCUUAUGAAUGUAAUCAGUGUGGAAAGGCUUUUACAGUAAACUCCAAUCUUGCUGCACAUCAGAGAAUCCACAAUGGAGAAAAACCUUAUGAAUGUAGUCACUGUGGAAAAUGUUUUAGAGUUAGCUCCCAUCUUGCUAAGCAUGAGAGAAUCCACACUGGUGAGAAACCUUAUGAAUGUUGUCAUUGUGGAAAGGGUUUUCGAGAGGGCUCCAGUCUUGCUAAGCAUGAGAGAAUCCACACUGGAGAGAAACCUUAUGAAUGUAAUCAGUGUGGAAAGGCUUUCACACAGAGUUCCAGUCUUGCUGCACAUCAGAUAAUCCACACUGGAGAGAAACCUUAUGCAUGUAAUCAGUGUGGAAAAGCAUUUAAAUUGAGCUCCAGUCUUGCUUCACAUCAGAGAAUUCACACUGGAGAGAAACCUUAUGAAUGUCAUCAGUGUGGAAAGGCUUUCACAGUAAGCUCUGGUCUUGCUGCACAUCAGAGAAUCCACACUGGAGAGAAACCUUAUGAAUGUAGUCACUGUGGAAAGGCUUUUAGAUUGAGCUCCAGUCUUGCUGCACAUCAGAGAAUCCACACUGGAGAGAAACCUUAUGAAUGUAAUCAGUGUGGAAAGGCUUUCACAGUAAGCUCUGGUCUUGCUGCACAUCAGAGAAUCCACACUGGAGAGAAACCUUAUGAAUGUAAUCAGUGUGGAAAGACUUUCACAUUGAGUUACAGUCUUACUGCACACCAGAGAGUUCACACUGGAGAGAAACCUUAUGAAUGUAGUCAUUGUGGAAAGGGUUUUAGAGUGAGCUCCAGUCUUACUUUACAUCAGAGAAUCCAUACUGGAGAGAAACCUUAUGCAUGUAAUCAGUGUGGAAAGGCUUUUACAGUAAGCUCCAAUCUUGCUGCACAUCAGAGAAUUCACACUGGAGAGAAACCUUAUGCAUCUGAGAUGUCUCUGCCUUCUGGGGGCCAGCUCCACAUGUGCAGGUGUCAGGUCAGCUUGCAGACAAUUAAAGCCUAUUCCAAAGAGAGCCUGGAGCCAGAGAGAAUGACCCCGGGGACCCAGAGACCCCCAUCCCAGGAGUUGGUGACAUUCAAGGAUGUGGCUGUGGAUUUCACCCCAGAGGAGUGGGGCCUCUUGGACCAUUCUCAGAAAGAGCUGCACAAGGAGGUUAUGCUGGAGAAUGCCCAGAACCUGCUUUCUGUGGAUCCCAGCAUUCAAUACCAUGGGAACCAUCCUGUCAGCUUUGCUUACAUGGCUCCUUUCUCUAAAGAGGAGUAA